AUGAGGUAUUUCGAUGACGGGGAUCUAACGGAUGGCCUACAACUCACGCCUAAACAUUUUCCCGUGGAACACGUUGAAGGCGAUUACCACGUUGUCUGGACAUACUGCAAAGGAAAGAGGCGAACGCUGGAUUGGAGCUCACAAAUAGACCUCUCAAACUGGGAGCUGAAAUUUCAAAAAUUACCAGCCGAGGAAGGAGGCGUUGGUAGGCACUUCAAUGUCUCUCUCAAUUUCGGCAGCCUCGAGCUCGAAUACAUUAUGGAUUACCAAGAUAAGAUCGUCAACCGUCUCGACCUGGCUACAAACAAAGCACCUGGCGAAGGCUCUGUGGAGAAUGAAGCCAUGAUCACUUUUAGUGAAGUGCGCGACGAGUCUGGCUAUCCGUACCUCCGCUUCAGUUUCUCUACCAACGAGCAUAACCCGGAUGACGACAUGGUGAAUAUAGAAUUCGUGGCGAAGAGAACGGACGAGACGGGCGUACAUCAGCUGGGAUUGACGAAAAAUGAGAAGCUGAGACUAGGAUACGCUGUCUGGGACGAUGGCACAUUCGAGCCGGAAAACUCCGACGAAGAGGUCAUCGGUCAGAGCGCGGAUAGUCUGAACAAACAGCUCCAACGGCAUAUCGAGGCUUCGGUAAAGAUACACGCAAAGCUGGUCACAAUGAGAAACAACGUCGACAAGCAAGUAGCUAAUGCGACAAACGGAAUGCAGCAAGCCUUGAACCAAGCAUGGCGCUCAGCUUCCCAUCCCGAUACUAACCUCCAACCAUCAUUCGAUCCCUCCUCAGCCGGAAUGUCACCGCCGCCCGCUCGGCGGAAGAGAGGCGAAGUCGCGACGGCCGAAGCACUCGAAAUACCACCACUAUCCCAGCGUAGGAAGAAGGGCAGCGGACCCGAACGCACACCCAUGUCGAUGGAAGAUGAUGAAUUACCGAACGGUACCGCGAGACCUGCCGGGUAUAAGCGGAAACGGGGUGAAAAGGCACCGGGGAAGAACAAAGGUGGAAGGCCUCCUAAACGAAAAAGUGAUAUCAACACUGUUGCCCAGUACCUUGUUGACAUAGCCGGAGCCGGCUCACAAGGCUCAGGAGGCUAG